AAAAACAUGGCUAUAAAACGUGAUAUGAAAUCACCACCGCAGCUAUUAGCUGGCGUUUAAGGCGACUGCAAAGAACUCGAUUUUCAUUCGCGAAAAUUUGACCAGACAGGCUUUUGCAGACUUUAACUGAAGAUUCUACCAUCAACCAGGUUCUAUAUUGAAUUGUUACUUCAAGGACAAAAUGAAUUUUAGCCUUUCAUUCCUUGCAGUUGUUGCAUUUGGACUGUUUGCCCUUGGUGGAGCUGCCAGACACAGCGGAGAAAUCCGUUGCCCCCGUCUACCGCAUUCACACAGGUUUAUUAAGAGAAUCUUCACCUCGGCUGACGCCAACCAAGACGGCAACUUGGACGACACAGAAUAUCACAAGAAUCUGUUUAGAGAGUUUGAUUAUGACGCUGACGGACGAGUGACAAGGGAUGAAUUCCUCAGAAAGUUCUUGGAAUUGGACCAAGGUCAUGAAAACGAGGCUUCGAAGCUGUUCGCAGCGGGAGAUGUGAACCGCAACGGUUAUCUGGACGAUGAUGACAAAACACUUGCUAAAUACAGGAUUGAUUUAAAUGAUGACGGAGAGAUUGGAGAAUGCGAAUUUCAACUCAUUUGGACAAAGAUUGCAGACAGUGUACAAAUAGGCCUGUAAAGAUAAGGAAACCGACACGACAGGAAGACUUGCUAGAAUCAAGAAUACCAACAUUCGCGGAGACCGUAUACCAGAGUCUUAUAUCACUUUCUUUGAUAAAGCAUUGGCCAUCAGAAAAGUCAACAGAGAAGGCGUCGUGUGUGACCCAUUUAACAAAGAUGACUGACUGUUGAUGUAUAUUUUUGUUUCAAGACAAUUAAUGUUUUUUACAUCUCUUCAGUCGGUUUUCACUCAUUCGUUAGUUUCUAUUAGAGCGACUUCCACAGAUUAAUCUCUUAUUUUGUUGAAGUCUCCGAUUAAAAUUGUUUUUCUUAAUAGAGUGACAAGAGCAUUAACUUCAUUUAUUUUUUACAUCCUUUGGGAAACUAUUGCAAAUAGUUAACAUGUAUUUUAAGAUAAUGGAAAUACAAGCAAUAUAACAAGUUAAUAAAAAAGAUAUCAAUUA